ACGCUUGAACUGGAAAAGUCAGCAGCAAACAAUUGAUGAAAGCCAUUCCGUCGACUUUUUCCAAGUGACUGUAGAUGGAACCAAACAUUCCCUAGCGACAGGUUCCUCUCCGCUCUCAUACAAACCAGACAUCCGUUGUCCUAGUGGAACUAUACGCAUCGAAGUAUUUUGUGCUGUUUGUCCGGCGGGAUCAUAUUCUGAUGGUCGAAUUGUUACAAUGUGUCCUCGUGGUCAAUACCAGGAUGCUAAAGGACAGUCAGCUUGUAAACCGUGUCCAUCCGGUAAAACAACGGCAGGAAUAGGUUCCAUCCACAUUUCAGAAUGUUCAGUUGAUGAUAAAACUAACAUUGGACAGUCGACCAAUCAGGGCGGUGCAAGCAACGCUGUUCAGAUAGGAGUUGGUGUAUCUGUGUCCAUAGCUUUGCUUAUCCUAGCUGCAGUCGGUGUUCUGUUGGCAUGUAAACAUCUAAAUAAAAAGAAAAGUACUGUUAACGACAGCAACUUAGAUUUACACACACCAGGGUAUUUCCACAUGCCUAGCAAACCUAUGUACGAGAAACAGCCGAUGUAGACUUCAACCAGAUACCGACGUUAUUUUAGACUGUGAUAUUUACAUAUGUUAACAGUGAUAUUUUAAUUAAUUUGUAUGCGAUUGCUUUUUAGUAAUGCUUUGUUUCGAUUUGUUUUUCUUAUCUUGCUAUAUAUUCAUAUUGAACAAAAAUAUAAAUUAUAUAGUACAAAACGGUUGUUGACCAUGGGCCCAAAGUUUCAUUUUUUUCCAGUCAAUUUACCCGUCCGUAUAAAUUUUCGUAGGUCUAUUCUUGCUAUGUCAAUCAAUAUUAGUGAUCUUACUUUACUUUUUGACCAUGCCACGUGGACAUAUUAGGGACAUAUUGAUUGGGUUAGGGCUUUGGGCUUUAAAAUGCGUAGGAAAGACCAUCCAAACUUGUACAAAAUCGAAUCAGCAAAGGAAUCAGAAAAAUGGUGUUUAAACUGUUCGCUCGAGAACAUGGUGAGUUUUGUUUUUAAAUAAAUUCAUUUUAUAUACAGAAAGAGUUAAAUAAACAUUAAUAUCUAG